AUGCCUGCUUCUACGCAUCCUGUUCUGCCCGACGAUGAAAGCGACGCAAGCUCAGGCCUGCCAGAGAUCUUCUUAAACAACGUUUCCGACUCUGAUUCCUCCACCGCGCCUAGCGACUUCGACGCUAGUAGCGAAUGCGAGUCCGAGUCCGACGAUGAGUCCGAAGAUGAACUGGCACUGGAAGAUGAAGAGGAGCAACUGUCACCAGAAUACUACCUCUGGGAGGCCGAGUCUCUUGAUGUCUCCCAGCUCCGACAGAAACGCUACAGUCCGAAAGCGUUCUGUAAAGGUGCAAAGCGCGACCUGGUAGAACGUUUGUCUAGGCUCUCUGAUACCGAGGAGAAGCGAUGGGGAAAGGAUGGAGGUCGUACCCCGGGAGUGAAGACUAAGAGCUCACUCGACGUAUUCUGGAAGUGGUGGCAUCUGAUUUAUAAGGCCGAGAUUGGACAUGGCCUUAGCAAAGAUAUCCAAGUUAAGAUUCAUGAUGUGCUCGCGAUAGUUGCGAUAGAAAAGAAACUUUCCUUCAAAAAACGCCCGAAAGUGACCAUGUUUGUUAAGGAUGUUGCUGAGUUUGCGCGAGUGAUCCUAUCCACGAUAGAGAUGACUUUUCCCUAUGCCGUCCUAGCAAGCUACUACUAA